CUUAGACUCCUGUAUGGCUGCUCGGCUCCUUCCGGUCCCUCCUCUCCCCUUACCGGCUGUCGUUGCUGGUGUCCCCAACACGCGGGUGCCAGCCAGCCGAGGGAGGCUGUGCCAGGUCGGGUCGGGAGCUCUUACUGCUUUCCUUCCUGCCCAGUGGUGCUGAGUUCCGAAGACUCCUAGGAUGAAGUGUCACUACGAAGUACUGGGCGUGAAGCGCGAAGCGUCCGAUGAAGAACUCAAGCGAGCCUACCGGAGGCUGGCACUACGUUGGCAUCCAGACAAGAAUCUAGAAAAAGCUGAAGAAGCAGCAGAACAGUUCAAGUUGAUCCAAGCUGCCUAUGAUGUACUCAGUGAUCCCCAAGAACGGGCAUGGUAUGACAAUCACAGGGAAGCGCUGCUGAAAGGGGGCGUUGAUGGAGAGUAUCAAGAUGACAGCCUGGAUGUGCUGCACUAUUUCACUGCUACUUGUUAUUCUGGCUUUGGAGAUGACGAAAAGGGGUUCUAUGCAGUGUAUCGCCAUGUCUUUGAAAUGCUUGCAAAGGAGGAAAUGGAAUCCAUGCCAGAGGAAGAUGCUGAAGAAUUUCCAAGUUUUGGAGACUCUCAGAGCGACUACAAUACCGUAGUCCAUUCUUUUUAUGCCUACUGGCAGAGUUUCUGCACUCGGAAGAACUUUGCCUGGAAAGAGGAGUACGACACACGCCAGGCAUCGAACCGCUGGGAGAAACGAGCGAUGGAAAAAGAGAACAAGAAAACUCGCGAAAAGGCGAGGAAAGAACGCAACGAGCUAGUCCGUGAACUGGUGGCCUUUAUCCGGAAAAGGGACAAGCGAGUGCAGGCCCACAGGAAGCUUCUGGAAGAACAGAACGCCGCGAAAGCCAAGAAAGCGGAGGAGCUUCGACGGCAGCAGAAACUGAAACAAGCCAAACUGGCUGAGCAGUAUAAGGAGCAGAGCUGGAUCACCAUGUCUGAUCUGGAGCGAGAGCUACAGCAGAUGGAAGCCCAGUAUGAGGAGGAGUUUGGAGACGGGUCUGAUGAUGAGGAAGAGGAAAGGGAGUUUCAAGAGCUGAAAGAAAGACAAGAUGAUAAGUUAAGUGAAGAGGAUGGUGAUUUGGAAUUGUACGAUGAUCUAUACUGCCCUGCUUGUGAUAAAUCCUUUAAGACGGAGAAAGCCAUGAAGAACCACGAAAAAUCCAAGAAGCACCGUGAGAUGGUAGCCCUGUUGCGGCAAAAGCUGGAGGAAGAGGAGGAGGAAUUUUCUAACGCCACUGUUGAUGAGAAUGGGUUGAAUACUAAAGAGGAAGAGGAGACAGAAGAAAUACCCAAACAUAAGCUUUCAAAGAAGCAGAGAAAAAAACAAAAAAGGAUGAUGUCACAAGAUGACUCUUUCGGUGACAGAAGUACAGAGGAGCAAGCUGAUGAGGCAAGAGAGGCUGGCAAUGCCAAGCAGGACAGUGUUUCGACGGAAGAGUCAGAAGAUGUCAGCAAAAACUGCAGCCUGGAGGAUGCGAGUGCUGGAGAACCCACUGAAGAACCAAAAAUAGAGGUGAAAAGUAAUCCUAAACUCAAGGGGAAAAAACCAAAAGAUACAAAGAAAACAUCUGCAAGAAUUUCUUCAGAGCAUCAGACAACGGACGAUGUUCCCAUCCACUGCGUUACCUGUAAAUGUGAAUUUCAGUCACGGAAUAAACUGUUUGAACAUUUAAAAGCUACGGGCCACGCCAAAGCGGUGCAAGCGCCGGCCGUCAACGGAGCUGUGAGCAGUAGAAGCAAAAAAGAAAAACGCAGGAACAGAUAAGACUUUUGGUAUGUGUUAAAGGAACUGCUGGCUCACUGGAAGCAUUAACUUGAAAAGGCACCUUGCAAGCCCAAAGAUGCACAGGAUUUGUACCAUGAAUUAAACGGGAAUGAAAACUCCUGGGUCCUACAACCAAAAUACCAGCAAAGUGUUUCAACUUGCUAUUCAUAGCUGUGCGUGCUCACGUGUGUUUUUAAAUUGUUCCUUAAUCAUUUUGUUGUCCCCACUCACUUCAUUGGCUCUAAACUCUGCCACUUCUCUCCUGCCCCAGCACCCCCCUCCAAGCACAGAUAUUCAGAAAUUCCUACCUACCUACCUACACAGACUUGUAGAGAUACACAUGUACAGGAAGAAGAAAUAAAUUAUUUUAGUUUA